AUGAAGAAAACUCUCCGCAGCAUUUUCGGGCGCAAGCCCAAGCACCCAGACUCAGCUGCGAAUCAGCCCUCCAACCCAAGACAAGCCAACUCUGCGACAGCUGGGCCAGGCCCGCAACAACUCGUUGCCCCUGAUCCGUUCGAAUCGGAGGCACAGUUCCAAGCCGUCAAGGAUCACCUGAGCAACCUAGCAGCAACGAACCCGGAGCGAUUCGCCAUGAUCGCCCGCCCGGGAGCCUUCAGGGCGGCAGAGUUCUGGAUGACAGAGAACUUCCCCGAUGCACAGGUCGUCAAUGGUGGGUGCUUCCCCGGCGACAUCAGCUCACUGGGCAAGGAUGUGCGCCCGGAAGACACCCAAUUCUUUGUGGCAAUGGACCCCAAAAACCCAAGGAAACUGGUCGCCGUCAACCUGGUGGUAUUCAAUCUGGCCUUGUCACUACCAGGCAGGGGUGGGCAAGCCCUGGGGACGCCAGAAAUGAAGGCUGCGGAGGAUGGGCUGCUGGGACUGCUCAAAGGAUGGCAGAACGACGGGAUGGCUGAUGGGUUCCUAGUAAUUGUGUCCAUGGGCGUGGACAUGACCAUUUACAGGUUUUCAAGCAAGGACGGGCUGGUUGAUCCUCCUGAAGGAGUAGAUGUCAUGCCGAAGAAGGUGGUACCGCAUUGA